CCAUUUGUAUUGCUUGUAUUGCUUGUAUGGGUUGUAUUUUGUACUCCACUUAUACCGGUUGUAUUUUUGGUUGUACUCCCGAAGUCGGCGAGUGCUUAAGAGUUUCUGUUUAAACGCUUUACACUGAUCUUACACUGACUUUAAACGCCUCUGAUAACGAGUGAAAACGUUCAUUCAACAGAAGGAGCCGAGAUAUCAGCUGGGAUGGAAGGCCGAAUCAACCGAAGAAACUUUCCUAUCAACUUGUGGCAUUUGGUGAAUGAUCCUCAGAUUAGUUCAAUCUGCUGGGAUGACGAUGGGGAAGGAAUCCUGAUCUGUCCAGAGGCCUUCAAAGCUGAAGUGCUAUUUACAUCAAAAAAUCAGAUGAACAAGUACUUCAAAACGACUAAUUUCAUCAGUUUUAUUCGCCAGCUAAACCUGUACGGCUUCAGAAAAGUUUGCCCAGACUAUAAGAUCUCAUUGACGCAAGUUAGCAUCAUACAGCACUUUUACAACCCGAACUUCAAACGGGCAAACCCGGAGCUUCUGGUCAAUAUAAAGAGACUCACACCUUCCAACAAGGCAAAGCUUGCUGCUGGGCAAGAAGUCUCCAACCACCCAAGUCCAGUCUAUCCGAUGCUGAAUUCACCUGAGAACUCUGCUGUGGUCGGCACAGAUUUAUCUGAGCAUGAAGGAACUCCUCAUCGCCUGUACUCUCAGCACGUUAAGGUGUCUGAUACAACACCCCAAACCUCCCAGGCAUUCGUAACAAGUCAUGGUGAUUCAAGCUCUGAGUUCUGUCACUUCCAGGUGGAUUUUUCAUGUGCAUAUCCAUCCAGUCCAAUGCCUGAUGGGAAUUUCGAUACCAUCAUAGGAAUUGACUACUCAUUUAGCCACCUCCAGUACACUGGCCAGGAUCCAAACUGGCAGUCAGCUGAUGCUCCCGAUACCAGGAAGAGUCACAUGAACAAGGGCACUGUAUUCAAGGCGGAAGGUGAAAUCUAAGGCCGCUGCUUUCUCCACUCUGCCCACUAAUGACUUCUCAUUGUGAAGACAGUUAAUUAUUAAAGUAUUUCCUGAAUAAUUUCUUUAAUAAAAAAACAAAACAUGAAUAUACCAA